GAAACAGGAUCGCACAAGCCGUAUUUUAUUGUUCAUUUAAGUGGACUAGUUCAUGUCAAUGAUAAACGAGCACUGCAUUGUAUUGUGAAGCAACUGUGUUUAGAGACCGACCCGAUGGCUUGUUCAAUGAACACAUUUUCAGAAACCUUGGCAUAUAUGCUUUCCAUGCUUCAUCAUGGCACCAAACAAAGCACACCUGUAUUAUUUAUUCUUGAUGAAAUUGACUUGUUUGCUCAACAUCCAAAGCAGACACUUUUAUAUAAUCUGUUUGAUAUUUCUCAAAAAAAUGAGAGUCCGAUUGCCGUGAUUGGAAUGACAAGUCGUUGGGAUGCACUUGAACUCAUGGAAAAAAGAGUUAAAUCAAGAUUUUCGCAUCGGUUGAUCCACUUGUAUUCCGAGAAUUCAUUUGAAAAAUACUGCAAUCAACUGGUUUCAGUGUUGAGCAUCUCGUCUCAAGACGGCAUCAAAGAUCCAGCAUUUAUCAACACUUUUAAUGAAUCCGUCAAGAUGCUGUUUACUGAUCCUGACUCGAUUGAUAUUUGGCACGAUAUAUUUGACAUGUGCAACACAUGGAUAUCUGCACUCCAAGCCUUUACUCCAAUGAUAUGCAAACUCUCUGGAUCAGCACCAUUUUUCCAAGUUGAGGUUUGGAAACAAGUAUCGCAAGGGAGAAUUGGGUUUAGAGAUCAACGAACGGAUCUUGUGGAUGGUCUGUCGGUUUUGGAGCUAUGUUUGCUAAUUGCAAUCCGGUGUCUUUUGGAACGGCAAGUGACAACCUUCAACUUUGAAAUGGUAUAUGAAGAGUAUCGUGACUUUUCUAAACGGGUGGCUACAAUGGGACGAGCAAGUGGAUCCAUCUUUUAUAUUAAGCGAGUAGCUAGCAAAGCUUUCGAAACGCUUCUUGAAAUAGGAAUUGUCAAACCGGUCGAGGGUGCUGCAUCCAGAUCCUGUCCAAAAACACAUCGUCUUGUGCGAUGCAUGUUGAGUCGUCAUCAGAUCUCUGAUGCAGUUGAACAGUAUGAUCGAUUGGACACUUUUUGUUCAGCAGAAGUCAUUCAGUGGGGACGAUCCAAUUACAGUCGUAUUCACGCAUAAUGAAACACUUGUAUCUACGCUUUGGGAUAUAC